AUGGACCGGGUGUGCGAAGCCUCCUUCGGGGAAUGCUCGGACCGGCUCCCGGCCGAGGGGGCGAGGCAGCCGCCGCCGCCGCCGCCGCUCCCUCGAGUGCGCCACGUCGCGGACAAAACGGUCUCUCGGGUGAGGCCCCCGGUCAGCAUCCUGCUCACCACCCUCUUGUAUCUGGGGGAGUUCACCUCGGCCGGCUUCGUGACCUUCGCCUACAGCCGCUCCAGCGACAGCUACUGGAUGGGGCUGACCCUCCUCUUCAUGCUGAUGCCGGCCAUCAUGGACCAGUUCACGCUCAUCUUUGUCCACCGAGACCUGACCAGUGACAAGCCGAUGGUCCUCUUCAUGCAUCUCCUGCUCCUGGGGCCUUUCAUCCGGUGCGUGGAGGCCAUGAUGAUCUACUGGACCUCGGGCCGGACGGAGGAGCCCUACGUCUCCAUCACCCGCCAGAAGCAGCUGCGCAAGGGCUCGGAGCUGGUGCUGGAGCAGGAGGUGGGCCACUCGGUCCGCAGGCUGGUCACCCACCGCAACGCCUUCCGGCGCAUGGCCGUCAUCCAGGCCUUCCUGGGCUCCACCCCGCAGCUGACCCUGCAGCUCUACGUCAGCGUGGUCGAGCAGUACGUGCCCACCGGCCGAGCGGUCCUGAUGAGUAUCUGCCUGGUGUCGAUCACCUACGGAGCCUUGGUCUGCAACAUCCUGGCCAUCCAGAUCAAGUACGACGACUACAAGAUCGACCUGCACCCCUUGGCCUUCGUCUGCAUCGUCCUGUGGCGCAGCCUGGAGAUCUCCACUCGCAUCACCGUCCUGGUUUUCUUUGGCAGCGUCUUCAAGGAGUACACGGUGGCCAUUGGGUCAGCCAACUUCCUGGUCUUCUUCUUCAUGCCCUGGGUGCAGCUAUGGCGGAGUGGUGGGCAGCUGCCCGAGAGCGUGGAGAAGAACUUCAGCCGGCUGGGCACCAUCGUGGUCCUCCUCUCCAUCACCUUGCUCUACGGCGGGAUCAACAUCUUCUGCUGGUCGGCUGUGCAGCUCCGGCUGGCCGACCGGGACUUGAUUGCCAAGACGCAGAGCUGGGUGUGCCUGGUCGUCUACUACAUCGUGCGCGGGCUGGAGAACAGCGUGCUGAUCCUCGUCUGGUAUUUCUUCAGGACGGAUGUCUAUGACAACAUCUGCCCGCCUUUCCUGGUGGUGCAGCUGCUGGUGGGCUACUGCCUGGCCAUCGCCUUCAUGCUGCUCUUCAUGCAGUAUUUCCACCCCUGCCGCCUCCUCUUCACCCACAACGUCUCGGACUACUUGGAGUGCGUCUGCUGCCGGCGGAGUGGGGCAGUCGGAGCGCUGCGACUCGAGCCCCCCUACGAGCCUGGCGUGAGGCACAGCAUCGUCUGAGGAGACGGAGCCAAGCCAGUCGGGAGCCGAGCUGCGGACGGGAGCAGCCCGUGCCACGCCCCGCUCUUGCCUCGCCCUCCACUCACACCGAGGAAAGAGGCCUUGGUUUGACGGUGCUACAACUUACAGGUGGGGCGGCGGCGGCAGCCAGCCUGGCCUUCUAGAGCACCAUCUGGACAUGUGCAGCGGGCGGCAAGGGUGCACUUUCCUUCACCUUACAGCAGAAGCAGGGGUGGCCAUUGGCAUCGCCGUAUGUCCCUGUAGCAGAGGCAGAUGUAUGGAAAGGAUGAGUGGUUCGAGCUGCCGGUGGUAUUCCCUGCCACUGGAGGACUGCGUUUUAAUUUCCGGACGAGAGCUGUUUGCUAGUCUCCGGGCCCAGGUCGCAACCAACGGCAAAGCACUGAGCUGAAAGGCACUCAGCUGGAUUGAAGGCUAUGUCGGGUUAGCAUCAGUAGGGCGAAAGGGAAGAUUCUUCUGAAGGCCUGUGGAUCUUGCGGCUGGGCACGUCCCUCCAGCACAGAGCACCACAGUGACGCUGCAGCCUCCCUCACAUUCCAGGAUGGCCUGGAGACGUGGCCUAACCUCACCAUAGGCUGUGCUAGAUCUUUCCCCAGCCCUAGAGAUCUGCUGUUUAGGAAUUCUGUAUCUAUUUAUUUGUUGACCUGAGAAUGGGCACAUUUUAAACUCAACGUGCUGGGAUACAUUUGAAAGGAACUGG